GGUCUCCGGACAUGGACAACAUUAAAAGAUACCAUGUCGCACACCAAAUCCCACACCCACCAAUCACAGCCCUCCCAACUUUCUCUCCAGCCUUCACUGUCUACCUCUUUCCAGGAGCCUCCACAGCCGUCCGAUCACCAUCAGCAGCAGGGAGUUCGAUGAUCGGAGGGCGGGGAGGAGUAGUGGGUGGGUGGAGAUGGGGGCUGUGGGCCGUUGAUCUGGUGGGGUUGCUGGUGGUGGCGGUGAUGGUGGAGGAGACAGUGGAGCUGAAGCUAAGCCACCAUCUCCAUGGGGUUGUGGAGAGAGUGAAUGAGAGAAAUGGGCCUUUUGUUGGGCUUUUAAUGACUUAUCCCACCGAAGAAAUUGCUCUUCAAGUCUCUGGUUUCUUUGUUCCUAGCUCUGAUUUUCCUCUGGUUCAACUUGCUGGGAGGAGAUUCAACAUUGGAAAGAUUAAGGGUGUAGAUGUAAUUUAUGUGAUGUCCGGGGAGCAAACGCUAAAUGCAGGUAUAACCGUGCAACUUCUUAUUGACACAUUUGAUGUUGUGGGAAUCGUUCAUUAUGGGAUUGCUGGAAGCACUAAUGAUUCCUUGCUCAUUGGUGACGUUAGUGUCCCCAAAUAUGUUGCCCAAACAAGUUCCUGGAAAUGGAAGAAAUUCAAAUCAAAGAAAGGAGCAUUACCCGAAUUGAAAUUUGGGGACUACAACUUACCGAUCAAGGGAGAAAACCUUUUGGCAGAAAUAGAGUUUACGCAGGUGCAGUUAUACUCCACCGGUCGGCCAAUGCAAGAGCUCUUCUGGCUUGAAACCGAUCCAAAAUGGUUCAACCUGGCCACUCAACUUCAGGAAGUGGAUUUGCAGCAGUGCUUAAAUGAGACAUAUUGCCUAUCGGAAAAACCAAAAGUUGCAUACGGAUUGAGAGGUUCUUCUGCAGAUAUAUUCGUCGAUAAUGCAGCAUACAAUGAAUUCCUUUUCAAGACCUUAAACAUCUCGACUGUGGAUGAGGAGAGUGCUGCUGUAGUAAUGGCGUCUAUGUCCAAUGGAGUGCCUAGUGUUGUUUUUCGAGGCAUAUCGGACACAGCUGGGGAUGGAGGAACACUAUCAUCUUCAAUCUUUUCUUUGGCAGCUACAAAUGCAGUUAGGGUUGCGGUUGAGUUUAUUGGUUUGCUGGGUAGGGAGGGCAAAGUUCAUGAUCAAUGAGCCUUGAUUGCUACAUGUAUGGUAGAACUGAGAUUUUCUUUCCCCGGUAAAUGUACUAUAUUAGAAUUAUUCUUUUUUUAUUUUAGGAAUAAGGGUAAAUUAGUUUCUAUUUCUUUGAUCAGAGGUAUUUAAACUUUAACGAUGUUGUACCUAUUUUUUAAGAGUGUUGAUGAUAAGAAACCCUAUAUUUUCUUUUC